GCCGGCGACCUGUUCAACUCCCCUGCGUCACUCCAAAUACGAAAGUUGCUGUGGGACGUCAGUAGGUAGGGAGGUUGUUGAUUGCCAGCGGCAGUUACUGGUGUGUGGUGGUGAUCUGUGGACACGUGAUGUGCUACUGGUGCGCUCCCUUUCACUGUCGAUACUUCGGUCCUGCUCCCAUCGGGAAGUGAACAUUUGUGGUGGAAUGGUCUCCCCGCUGCUGGUGCUCCUGAUACUGGCCACUGUAACGGCCGGUAACUACCCCGUCUUGGAUGUGGCCACUUCGAUGAGGAUGCUGCUGGUACCCGUGGACGCGAAGAUAGGAUCUGCAAUCUACCGCCUCCGGGGAACCGACUCAGACUUUGACUUCCCUCUGGAGUUCGACAUUAUUGGAGCUGGAGCCGAGCCGGUGGUUCGCAUUGAGAACCUGCCCUGCACCAGGAACCACUCCUUCUGCGAGGCGAAUGUUCUGCUGGCCCGCCCGUUGGAGCUGGGACGUGUGUACGACCUGAGGAUUCGACUGAGGGACACCCGCGGUGAUACGACCAGCGUCCGGUGCACCAUCAGACCCACGAACAGUUCCACGCCGAUCGACACCAUCUUCCCGCAUCUGCCCUUGCUCGUCGUGGUUCCAGAGAACACGAAGGUCGGUACUGAGCUGGACUACGUUAUCGCCCGAAAAAACCCAAAGAACACGAGACACGUCGGUUUGGAAUUGCGGGGUUCUCCCAACUUUGCCAUGAGGCAGAGUCUAGCCUCUCCGGACACCGUGAAUGGAACCAUCAUCCUGAAUGGCGAGCUAGACUUCGAGAAACAGUCCAUGUACACGAUGACAGUGUACGCUGUGGAUGCGUAUGCAGAGCCUGAUACUGACACCCGCAACUUGGCCGGCUUUAUCCUUGCCGUCGCAGUACAAGAUGUCCAAGACAUUCCCCCGAUCUUCACAUCCGUGCCGCCGGUCACUGUCCUCAACAACACGCUACAGGAGGGUGACGUAGUGCUGACGGUCUGCGCAGAGGACGGCGAUAAAGGGUCUCCCCGCGAACUGCGCUACGGCAUCGUGUCAGAAGGCAACCCAUUCACCCCAUUCUUCGACAUCGACGAAAAAACAGGGAAGCUGAGUCUGGUAAAGCCUUUGAAGGAUCUGCGAAAGAUCACACAGCCCUUCCAACCCAUUCUGCUGACCAUCAUGGCGGAAGAGGUGAAGACAGGUGUGAACGAGCCGCUCGCCAUGUCCAGCACAGUGCAGCUCGCGCUCAUAAUGGCAGAGCCCGAUAACACCCCUCCAUACUUCGACAGCGAAAGAUAUGUGACGUGGAUGGACGAGAACAGCCCCCAAGGAAAUGCCCUCAUCUUUAACGACCCCUACAUAGCAGAAAUAAGGGAUGAUGACGUAGGGAAAAACGCAGUAUUCUCCAUAAGUCUGGGCAACAAUAACGGGACUUUCGAGGUUGCCCCUACAGUGGGGGAGACGCGUGCAAAUUUUGUCAUCCGGGUGAGGAACAACUCUUUGCUGGAUUAUGAGAAACGGCACUUCGUGGUGUUUACCAUUCACGCCCGCGAGGUCGGCCCAAGGACUUCCCUGUGGAGCUCAGCUCAGGUCACGGUAUACCUCAGAGAUCAGAACGACAAUUCGCCGGUGUUUCGAGAUACCAUCUACAGAGCGGAACUGACGGAAAACGCCACAGCGGGGACCAGAGUCACACAGGUGGCGGCCGAUGACGUGGAUGAAGGCGAUAAUGGUGAAAUCGCAUACACCAGUGUCCUCAGAGACAACAAUUCCCUGCAGAUAGAUAACAAAAGUGGCUGGAUCACUGUUAAAACUAAUAUGCACAUUUUUGAUAGAGAAAGUGCUAAAGAGUUUCAGCUGUACGUGGUAGCAGCAGACAGGAAUGGUAAGGGAAAUAGUGCCACUGCAACACUAAUCAUCGCUGUACUCGAUGUUAAUGACCACACGCCCUCGUUUAUAAGAAGUGAUUAUGAAUUCGUCUUGGCGAAGGAUCUCAUGAGCCUUAACUCGCCUGCAGUCAUAACAGCGACUGACGGGGAUGCUGAAGCCCCGAACAACGAAGUUCAGUACGAAAUUGUGUCUGGAAACCGAAAUGAAAUGUUUCGUAUUGACACACACACAGGCAUUCUGUCAAUAAACGACAGGGAAAUUUCCAGCAAGAUGAGAGAGGAGACCAGGAUACAAAAGUUCAACCUUUUAGUCAGGGCAUACGACUUAGGUGUACCUUACAGAUCCAACACGGUCCCCAUUCUGAUAUAUCCGCCAGAACCAAACGCACGCAACAUGACAUUUAUCUUGAACGGGUACCCAGUGGACCAGAAGGAAACUGAGGAGAUUCUAUCCAAAAUCACCGGAGGGCGAGCGAAAAUCCAAAAUGUCCAACCAUUACCCGUAAGGAGAGCUCGCAGCGAGGAGUCAGAAAAAUCAUCGAACGAGAAGUCCGUUGUUUCAGCUAGGGUUCUGUACGACGACAACCCCACGGUGGAUUUGACGCAGUUUGAGAACGCACUUCGAAAUAACCACAGCACAGUUGUCGUCUACAAGAAAGAUAAAGUGGAAGAGUAUCAUCGGGCAGAGAGCGCUCUCUUCUGGAUCCUCAUGAUUCUGGCGAUCUUGAUUGUCAUCAUAAUCAUACUUCUUCUACUGUGCUGUAUCUGCCCUGGGUGUCCACUGUACGCAAAACCCAAGAAAGGAAAUGAAGUUGGCGCUCUGACCGAAGAAAGCGUGAAUCUUGUGAUAAAGGACAACGGUCCAGGCAAGGAGUCCAAGGCUGUGCAAGCCGAAGGGAUGGGACAUCGAAGAGAGGCGUGGAGUGCUGAACAGCGCGAGCCGAGGUACCAUUCUUUCCGGUUCAACCGCCGGAACAUACCUGCCAAGGAGCACGAGCAGUUAAGAACUGGGCCUGAUGACUGGCGACUUGGCUACGACGUCAACGGGCCGGCCGCAGCCGCGAUGGGUGUCAGAGGACCAGAAGACGGGCGCUCACUGCGCAGUCUCCCCGGACCUACUGUCAUCUACACACGCGAACUUCAAGAUCUGCAACGCCAGGCCGACUCCCGAUACCGGGAUGUGUAUCUGGAGGAUAUCGAAGGGACGGAUUAUCCUGCUGCAGGUCAGAUGAUGGACCAUCGACAAGUCAGAGGUCGAAUUCCUGCUCGCGAAGUUCGAAUCAAUGCCGAAGAAGACCACGACACUGACUCGAUCAGAAGACAUGAGGUAGAAAGGGGUUCUGAUUUGGGCAGAGGUGGUGAGGUUAGGCGUAACGACGGAAAUAGGGAUAUUGAUAACGAGGGUCGCGAAUACCGCUUUGCCCUCCAUCGCGAAAAUAAUCAGGGGGUGACGCGCGCGCGUGUGGACGAAGAAACCGGGCAUCUGAGUACAGUGGUCGCUUCUCGGAGAGAGCAAUUCUAUAUCCGCGACGGAAACGCCGAAAUACUGCGGCUUGUAACCAGAGGACAGUCAGGGGAAGAACAAGAGUUUGCUCAGGUUGCACCUCAGCCUCAACAGAGACCAAUGACACUUGUUCCACCUCGACAGCAAGAUCAUACUGUGAGGGCAGACAACGGUAAGGAAAUACUAAUGCAGCGGUUUAUGGAGGACCAACGUAAUAACAGCAGCAGUCAGCAAGUAGAAGCCCCAGAUUCGGAUUUGCUGACAAGUCUGCAUCAGCAGGACAUGCUUGUGAGGAGACUUCUCGAAGAGGAGGCGCGUCUUAAUAAUACCUUGCUGCUCACUGAGGCCCUUGUCGCACAGCGCCAACACGAGCAGUUCCUGGCAACAGCAGGCGAAAACGUUGAGACGCAAAGCCUUCCGGGGCAGACCACAAUGGCAACUCAGACGGAUGUGGACUCCAGCACCCAGACUGAGCCAAUGCACCUUAUGAGACCUCCUAGGAGACGAGCCAGAAGCGACAAUGAUGACUCCUAUACAGAAGAGGAAGAACGAGAAGGCGAAUCAAAUGAGCGAGAUACUGAAGGGUUGAAUCCUCCAGGAACUGCAGUACACGGGUUUUGGAUUAAGAAACAUCGAAGUAAACGGAAACGCGGUUUCUUUCACAAGGGAGAUUUGAAAAUGAAGCGGAUAGGAUGGAAAGGUGGAUUGACUCUGCCCGGUAAACGACAUAAAAUCAAAACGCCGAUAAUGGAAGAGACUGAGAGUGCGUUGGAAGGCUCUGAGAGACAGCAGGAUCAUGUCGCGUUUGGAAAUUACUCGGAGAAUAAAACGAGUAUGUUGCGGCGUCGGAGUAACAAGGCCAAAGUUGCUACGAGCUCAGGAGAUAUGGAAGUGACGAGUGUUACCACCCGGCGUCAAGGUGGGCUGGAGGAUGCUGAAGAAGAGACGCCGACAGACUCGCUAGAGGAACAGUCGCCCUCGAAGAAACACCAUGAAUCGUACAUCACAAUCGAUAACUACCGAAGUACUCGAACACCCAAGAUAUCUUCUGCAUCGAUGGCGGAUGAGCGGAAUGUAAAUUUUGACGACAGUAGAUGGCCAUCUUCGAAGACGCAUCGUGUCGAGUUUCAAGACAUCGAAACUCGUGGAAACGUUUCUGUGUCGCACACAAGAGGCGAAUCUCAGUCUGACAAAGGACGAGUUCGGGCUUCCGGUUUUGAGGAGUCCAGUGACACAAGCGGGAAUCCGUCAGAACAGGAAAGUUCAGCUGAAAGUAGGCGUCGUGAGAAACAUGCAAUGCCAGGAUUUGUUGAUCAAAACGAAACAAAUGACAUGCGUAGCGGGAGGUCUGAAGCUGGUCUCGAUGUCUCGGGAUCGAGCAGGAAAUUUCGUCGUGAUUCGAUUCCGAAUGAAGAAAAAACGAAUAGGAAGACAAAAUUGUCUUCCAGGAGGGGAUCUUUAUCCGAACCUGGUCGGGAUGAAGAGGAAGAUCUCUCGCGGAGACAAACUGUGGCCAGCAGAGCUAAAUCUUUGACCCACUUAAAUAACGAAGGAAAAAAGAAUGAAGACACAACAGGGCCUGUGAAUGGACCUGCCCCGAGAAAGGGUUCACGAUACAUGGAAUGGUACAAGACGAAAAGAGAAGAACGUGAGAGGAGAAAACGGGAGGAAGAAGAAAAGAAAAUGAAGAAGAAAGACGCAGAGAGGAAGAAACAGAAACCCGAUCGAACUGGUACAACUGAUAAAAAAUUGGCUAAAAAUUUGGAAAACCAGAAGCGGGGUAUAUUGGUUGAAGACAGAGGGGCACGGAGAAUAGGGGGGGAAGACGUGGAUAAAGUGUUGGAAAAGGCCGGGGAGCAGAUUUUGAAGGUGACGGUGUUUGACGAUGACAUGGAUUCGGGGAUUGCGAUGUCGUCCUUGUUGAUGGGUGGCGGUGGAAAGAAGAAGCGAAACCAGCAGAUGAUGGAAAAGAAGAGUGUUUUUACGAUAGCUUACGACGACAUGCAGACAAAACAGCUUCGUCCCGACAGCAGCUCGCCUCAGUACUGACGUCCCUCGAGCCAGCUCCGAACGUUCUCAAAUUCUGAAUGACCUGUAAUUUACAAUUCUUCCUAUUACAACAGACUUCAUCUGAUUUUAGUGAAAUAGAUUUACGUAUAUUUGUAAUAAUAAUUUAUUUGAACAGUAAAUGUAAUUACUUCCAUUA